CAGCCGUUUAAUUUCCCCUAUUUCCUUGUAUUCCCCCACCCCACACUAUCCGGGUUACCGACUUUUCCCUCUGCUCCGGUUUUGCAGGCGUAACGUUCGGUACCUUACCAACAAACGUGCCUGCAAAAUUAGUUCCGGCGCUACCGCUAGGACAUUUCGUGGUUGAUCUCCCCGGACUGGCCCUGCUGAUCUCCCCCAUGGUCUCUGGAAUUAGAUUGGAAUUUUGAAGAGAUCGCUGACGCUGCAACACAACCACUCAGCUACGAAACACAAUAACAAGCUGAUGAUGAGGUGGUUCAGCACUCCAGGGGCAACUGACCCGCCAUCUGGAAUGUCCGAGAACCAGAUUGGAAGCCUCACAAAUCCAAACAAAGAGGAUAGACCAAAUUUAUUUUUUCAGCAAAAAUUCAGGAAAGUUGACAUCAUGACCGAGGGUAACAGCCGCUUUGCUGAAUACUUUAGAUGUUCCCGCAAAAGGAUAGAUAAAUCCAAUGUAUUAGAAUGUCGAGUAUGCGAAGAGGUAUUUUCCAUCGAAGGUGACAAAGUUCCCCGAUUACUUCACUGUGGCCACACCGUAUGCCACACAUGCCUCCUUCGACUACAGCCCUGCAUGACAGAUGUCCAAUGUCUUUUCUGUCCAUUUGAUCGUCAGCCGACAGAAAUAACGAGUCGUGAUGGUGUUCAUAGUUUAAAGAAAAAUUUUGCGUUGAUUGAGCUGCUGGAACGUCUCGAGCAAUCAAGAUGUGAGGAAUCGUCGAGCCUCGAGAGGGAAAGACUCCAGUCAACACAAGCCUGCGACGAGGAUGAUUCACACUUUGCUGUUCUUUAUUGUACCGUAUGUUCAACACAUUUGUGUGAAGCAUGUGAUAUAUUAACCCACUCGUCAAAAACUCUUCGGAAACACAGGAGAAUUUCACUGUCUGAGAAACCAAAGGAGAAACCCAAAUGUCCAAUUCAUACGAACCAAAUUGCGGAAUUCAUUUGUGUUGAAGAGGAAUGUGACAAUGCUCUCCUGUGUUAUCUAUGCAAGGACUAUGGCCGUCAUAGCGCUCAUAAAUUGGUCCUCGUGGAAAUUGAGGCUGAGACGUUGAGAAAAUCCAUCAUCGUUGCAGUCCAAAAGAUGACGGAAUUUAUGGAAAGUAUGGGGAAGGCUGCACAUCGUAUUGAAAUGAUUAUUCAGGAAGUUGAAAACCAGACCAUUGAAGAUGCUAAAGAUCGGGUUAGACAGCAUUUUGAGGAACGAAGAGAGCAGCUUGCAAAGCAAGAAGAAAAUGUCCUUGCCGGUGUGGACGCUGAAAUAGAGAGUAAACUCUCUGUUUUGAGACAUCAAUUACAGGAUUUGACCUCUACUAGGUCGCAAGUAGCUGAUGUUUGCGUCCAGUGUGAAAAUAUAUUAAACAAUGAAGAUUGGAAAUUACUUAGCGGCGCUAAUAACGUGCCGAAAGUACUCGAAUCUUUACAACAACAGCAGCAACAAUAUGUCCAACUUGGGCCCGAUUUCCUGACUCCGGAAUCGUCAAUUCCGAUUUUCUUCAGUAGGGAUAAUCGCGUUCAUAUAGGAACGAAGAUCGAUGUGAGAGUUGUAAUCCUGGGUCUUGAUGGCUCUGGCAAGACGAGUAUCUUAUCUUCUAUGAAAGGAAUCCCUCUCACAAAUCCCACCACUCCCACCAUGGGAUUCAAUGUGGAAAGUCUCGAGUAUGAAAAUUUGGCGAUAACGUUGUGGGACGUGGGGGGAUUCAAUAGAUUUCGACCACUCUGGAAGCAUUAUUAUCACAAUGCUCAAGCCGUAAUUUUCGUGGUGGAUGCAAGUGACCGAUCACGAUUUGAGGAAACUCAGGAGGAACUAUCAAAAAUUGUUAACGAACGGCAACUCAAAGAUGCACUUAUUCUUAUUUAUGCUAAUAAACAGGACGUGGACGGAUGUGCAAGCGUAGAAGAACUGACGGAUAUUCUAUCCCUACAAAAAUUAUGUUGUGGCCGAACUUGGCAUAUUCAAGGUUCUUCUCCCUUGACCGAUGCAAGUACAUCGACCCAUGGACUUCAAUGGUUAACUCAGCAACUUGGUGCCCAUGAAGGCCUUUCUACAAUAUUCUCAAUAAGUCAAUAAGGGAAGACAAUGGCUAAUUAGCCAUUAUCAUCUAAUCUUGAAAUUAAAAACAAACUCGCAUCUAUUUUUAGUGAUUCUACGAUUUCCAAAUAAUUUAUCUCUGAUAUCCAGUGAAAAAAAAACCAAAAGAUACGUUAUUAUGUUUUUUCCCCAAUUGUUUAUACACUCAUGUUGAUUUUUUUACAUUUUAAAGAUCCAUGAGAUGAUACCUUGAAGCCAAUGAGCUAUUAAAUUAUGUUUGUUCGUAUAUAUGUAUUCAUUUAUGUGCUAUUUUUGUGUGGUUACUUUUGGUGGCGAAGAGGGGAAGAGCUAUAUACCAAUAUGCCUGUAGAGAUCAUUUUCAACUAAAUAAUAAAAAUAAAAAACAAUUGAAAAUUUUAUUUGAUGGCUACAAUUUAAUGAUGAUGUAAUUUCAUGGAAUAAAAAUGUUUUCUCCAAAAAUUUUCUAUUAUUGGAAUUUAAUCGAACGGGCUAACAAACGUUGAGAUUAUGGAUAUCUCGCGAGUCUGUCACACUGACUCUUCACUGGUUCGCAGCUUAGGUUCACAUAGGGAUGAGGACCAUACUGGUAUACAAGGAUUGUAAAUGAAAAACAGUUCACGCACGUCUAGAAAAUUCUUAUUAAUUUAUUACAUUGUUAUUGGCGUUUGUGUUUCCAAUGUUUAUUUAUUUUUUAUUUUGAUAAAAUUAUUCAAUAAUUAUCACUCAGUCAUAUUUAAAUACACACCCGACCACUUAGCGUCAUAUAAAUUUCUACGUAGAUGAGGAAAGAAUGUUUGACUUCAAAUAAAAACCUUGAAAACAACCGUUAAUCUACAAAUGUCGCUGACAAUCAUUAAUAUUGAAUUUUCU